AUGAUUUCUUUGGCAGAUACAUUUUCAUUUCUUGAUAAUCCCAAUAUUAAUUGGAAAUCUAUCAUUGUUGGAUUUACAGUUGGUCAAUUCUUAUUUGAAUCUUAUUUGGAACUCAGACAAUAUAAAGUGUUGAAGCAAAAGUCUCCACCAGAAUCAAUUAAGAAAGAAGUAUCACAAGAAACCUUUGAUAAAGCUCAAGAAUAUUCCCGUGCUAAGGCUAGAUUUUCACUUUUUUCAAGUACUUUCAGUUUGUUCCAAAAUUUAGCAAUUAUCAAAUAUGAUUUGUUGCCAAAAGUGUGGUUGUGGAGUGGCAGUAUUAUGAAAGGCUGUGGUGCCAUUUUACCAAAGGCUAUGGGAGGUGUCAUUACCCAAUCACUCUUUUUUGUUUUCACUACCCAGAUCUUAACUACUAUUAUUGGUUUGCCAUUGAGUUACUACAAACACUUUGUUUUAGAAGAAAAGUUUGGAUUCAACAAGCAAACUAUUGGUUUAUGGGUUAGUGAUAUGUUGAAGAGCAUUGCACUUUCAAUUGUCUUAGGUUCUCCUGUUAUUGCUGGUUUCUUGAAAAUUAUCGAAUAUUUUGACGAUAAAUUUAUCUUUUACCUCAUGUGUUUCAUUUUGGUGAUUAACUUAAUUGCUAUGACCAUUGUGCCAACUUUGAUCAUGCCAUUGUUCAACAAAUUUACCCCAUUGGAAGACGGUGAAUUGAAAACUGCCAUCGAAAACUUGGCAUCUCAACAAAAAUUCCCAUUGGCCAAAUUAUUUGUUAUUGAUGGUUCAAAGAGAUCUUCUCAUUCUAAUGCUUAUUUUACUGGUUUGCCAUGGAGUAAACAAAUUGUUUUAUUUGAUACUUUGAUUGAACACAAUACAACUGAAGAAACUGUAGCUGUUUUGGCCCAUGAAAUCGGACAUUGGAAAUUGAACCAUUUACCAAAAAUGAUUGUGAUGAUGCAAGGUCAUUUGUUCAUGUUAUUCUCAUUGUAUUCUGCUUUCAUCCACAAUAAUUCAUUGUAUACUAGUUUUGGGUUUGUCAAUCAACAACCAAUUUUGAUUGGAUUCAUGUUGUUCAACGAUAUUUUACAACCUGUUGAAUGUUUGAUGACUUUUGUUCAAAACUUGGUAUCAAGAAAACAUGAAUACGAAGCCGAUGAGUAUGCAAAUGAAUGUGGUUAUUCAGAAGAAUUAUGCAGAUCCUUGUUGAAAUUAUCAAAGGAAAACUUGUCAAGUAUGAAUGCUGAUUGGUUAUAUUCAUCAUUCCACUAUUCACACCCAAUCUUGCCAGAAAGAUUAUCUGCAUUGGGUUACGUCUCCAAAGAAAAGGUCAAAAAAGAUGAAUAA